AUUUCACAAUUUAAAAAUGUUUAUUCUGUUAGUUGGGUUCACUUUUAAGCGCGAUGUAAUCUAAUAUCACAGUAUUUCAUCAAUCUAUGCAUAAGAUUUUAUAAGCUAUAUGUUGCGAAACGGAGAUUUAUAAAUGGUUUACCAAGUAUGUCGAUGAAAUUCAAAUUAUUAUGCUAAAACCACUCCAAAAUAAAAGUCGUGUUCGUUGUUAUUUAAACAAACACUUAUUUUUACUGGCAACCCUGUAAUCUGACAAUAGCAGUCAACUGUCAACAAAAUGAAUUGUCAAACUCACUGAUAAAUGCUGUGCUGUGUGGACGCACUCUGAUCGCUUCUAAAACAAAAUAGUCGUACUGAAAACAAUCUAAUCUUUGUGUUGACUAAAAUAACUUUUAAGUGAAGUACCAUGGCAUCUCAUCUGAGUACUAAAGACCGACUCCUGGCGCUGAUUGAUGAUAUCGAGUUAAUUUCAAAAGAAAUGAUUGAAGUGUCAAUAGCUCCUAAGCCUCAGAAGCUUUCCGCCGCAGACCAUGCUCAGUUAACAGAAUUGUUACUUUCAAAAGAUUCAGAAUUGAAGAAAGCUUUGGAGUUAGCUGAUGAACAGGCUAAGAUUCAACAAAAAAUGAAUGACUUGAAAGCAGAAGUUGAAAAUAAGGAUCAAGACAUCUUCCAAUUACAAAGGCAACUAAAAGAUGCGGAACAAAUUCUCGCAACGUCAUUAUAUCAAGCCAGGCAGAAACUUGCAUCAAUAGUCAAGUCUAGGAAACGGCCGGUACCAUCAGAAGAAUUGAUUAAGUUUGCACACAGAAUUAGUGCAUCAAAUGCUGUGAGUGCACCUCUUUCCUGGCAGCCUGGAGAUCCUCGCCGUCCAUACCCCACAGACCUGGAGAUGCGGUUAGGUAUGCUCGGCCGGCUCUGUGACUUGCCACUGAAUGGACACACUCCAUCCACACUAAAUGAACUACACAGAAUGACCACGGGCGGAGUGCCAGCAUCAGCAACAAACCAGUUCACAUGGCAUCCAUCAGGCGAGCUCCACAUGUCAGUUGGUGGCGGAAACUCCGUGUCCAUCGACAGCCGUGGCAAGGACGCGCCAAACCAGGAAGAUGUUGAAGUGAUGUCCACCGAUUCGAGUUCAAGUUCAAGCAGUGACUCUCAAUGAAUAAGGAAGAAAUUGUGUUUACGACACAAAUAAAAUGUUCUAAUAACUUUGGAAAGUUUUGUUGUUGAAGUUCAAAACUGUGUGGAACUAAUAGUGAAUGAUUUUUGUUGGACAUUGCAAUAUCAGAUUUAAAGACUGUUUUUAUAUAAUCUGUAAUGUAAUUUAUGUACUAUGGUUUUAGGCAUAAUUUACUGAUUAAAAUAGUAUUCAAACUCUUUACAUUU